AUGCAAGAAAGCAUACAUCUUAAAAGACAAUAUAUUUCUGGGACCAAAAAAUCACAGCCAAACAAUUUGCUUUAUGUUCGUGGAAAGUCAAAUUUGGUUACAGAUUUUCUUUCGAUUUUAUUUCAAACAUCGAGAAGGGAACAAACCUGGAGCACUUUUGAAAACAUUCACUCUAAGGAUAGUCUUGGGUUUUAUGAAAAGCAUGGGCAUGAAUUGGUUUAUGAGACUAUCCUAUAUAGCUCAUAUGCAUUAUCCUACUAUCGAUUCUAUAAUACAAUAGUUCCAAAAAUAAACUCAAAAACCGGCUCACCAAAUGUAAAAUUUGUACUCCGCAACUUAUAUCUUCUUGAGUUCUUCUUCUUUCACAAUAGUUCUAGUACACACUGGGACGUCUGUUAG